GUCUGAGUCCAGUGUCAGCAGCUCUGGUUGGGCAGGCGGUUCCUGAGAGAUUCUGCGCUGAUGCCUGUAACUUAAAACUACGACAAUGUUGGCGGCACCAUGGGUGUGUCGAAGCUGCGUGCGAUCGCUCAGGCGAAUCGGCUUUUCGCAGCAGUUUCUACGGAGGGCUAGCACAGACUCCUUCAAGCUUCCCCCAGCUCUCCUCGACCGCGCAAGAUUUCUUACCGCCGAACACGAUCAAUUGACGGCACAACUAGCUGACAACUUUGACGAAAAGAUUGCAAAGCGUGCAGGCGAAGUCCACAGGAUCGCAGAGGCCUUCAAGAAGUUUGAGCAUGCCAAGACUUCUCUCCGGGAGCUGGAGGGGCUCUUGAAGUCAGACGAUGCUGAAAUGCGGGAGAUGGCGCAAGAAGACCUCGCGGCUACCAAUGAGCAGCUGGCUGAGUCGAGUCGGAAUCUGUCCGUGGCUUUGACUCCCAAGCAUCCCUUUGCCGACAUGCCGUGCCUCAUUGAAGUCGUCCCUGGGCCAGGAGGAACCGAAGGUCGCUUCUUUGCCGACUCGGUAUUCAAGAUGUACCAAGCAUAUUGCGCCAAUAAAGGCUUCCGCACAAAGGUUGUACAGUACUUGGCCGCCGACAGUACCGGCGAAAAGGGAGGUGAUGGGGAGACAGCCCUUCAGGAAGCUGUACUUGAGGUGAUGGAGGAGGGAGCGUAUGCCCACUUCCGUGGUGAAGCGGGCAUGCAUCGGGUUCAGCGUGUCCCGGCAACGGAGAAGAGUGGAAGGACUCAUACGAGUGCUGUAGCUGUCUGGGUGCUGCCGUCUUUCGCUGAGAACGCCACAGCCUCUGAUGGUGACUGGGACAACCCGGAGAGUGACUUCUACAUCGACCCGGCCGAGGUGAAAUCUGAAAAGAUGCGAGCCAGCGGAGCAGGAGGACAGCACGUCAACAAAACCGAGUCUGCUAUUCGGUUGACGCACAUUCCCACGGGCAUCACCGUCAGCAUGCAGGAUUCUCGUUCACAACACACCAAUCGAGCCGAUGCCUGGAGGUUACUUCGAUCAAGAAUUGCACAGAAAAGGCGUGAGGCCAGAGAAGAGGCCGCUAGGGCACUAAGAAGCAGCGUGUUGUCAUCAGCGCAGCUUACACGGGGCGAUAAAAUCAGAACCUACAACUAUGGCCAGGACAGGUGUACCGACCAUAGGGCCGGGCUUGACGUCCACAAUCUACCAGAUGUGCUCAGGGGUGGUGACACCCUGGGUAAGGUGAUUGAUGCUGUCCAUGGCUGGCUCGCCGAGAAGGAUAUCCAGGCCUUGCUGGCAGAUGAGGAGGCCGCUGCUGCUGCUGCGAACGCCCCUGGUAAAGGGAAGAAAGGGAAAUAAAAAACACAUACCCCCACUAUUUUAGAGUGUACUUGUAGUU